AUGGCGCCCAAGGGUCCUUACAAGUUGGUCACGGUCAACACCGCGCCUGAGCGGGCGAAGAGACUCAUCGGCCGCAUGACUGAGGCGCUCAAAGACCAGUACACCAUUGAUUAUGUCGCCAACUGCGAAAGAAUCGACGAGGUCGAAGGCAAGGUGAAGGAGCACAUGCCGGACGUCUUGUUCUGCGCAUCAAUGUGGACAGCAGAGGAGGCAGAGCAGAUUCAGGCUACCGCGAGGUCAAUCAGACCGGACAUCAAGACCCAUGCUAUUCCCCACGGGUUGCAGGUUGAGAGGGGGCCGGAUGCAAUUGUUGAACAUCUCCUUGAGAAGGUUCCUCAACUGCUGGAGAGCUAG